AUGCCACAACCGAUGUUUUUUAUUUCAGGUGACACCGCUGGCCGUCAACAGCUUCAGGAGCUUAUUGCAGGCGGUGUUAAGGUAGGUAUCAUGCAGUACUUGGGAAACUUCACCUCGAUAUGCCCACCCCACCCUACCACCGUCACCAACGAUUCGCCGGAUCCUGGUUUCUGGGAUUCGUGGAGAUUUUUAUUAAACCCGGAACCUUGGAUACGUGACCUUGGCAUGCCUUUAGUGGCCAUGGUGCUUGUUGCGAAACUAUCCGGUCAACUGUCCUUCCGUGCGCUUCUUGUGGGACUGAAAGAAUUUUGUUGUCGAUUUCGGCCAUGCCGUGAUUGUUUGGGGAACGAUGAGAAAGUCCAGACGGCAAUGGACGUCAUCUUCGGAUACGCGGCACUACGCCCCCUCCUUGCCGCUGCUUUGCAUCUGACCUGCAGGCUGUAUGAAGAUGAAUGCAAAGAUGACACUGGGGCACCCAAAGGUAGAACACGCCAAAUAACGUCUCUUGAUGAACAUCCCUACGCAGUGGAACCCGUGGACACGUGCACCCCGGACGGACGGAAGUUCAUCAGCGAGCGCAGCUUUGCUUAUCUGAUGGCGCACUUGUGGAACGAAAUCAAGCUGCCCCAGGAAUCAUACAACCGCAUCACCAGUUUUGACUCUUGCCUGGAUACGGUUGAAUGGGCGGAUUUAAAAUGGACUAAGCGUUUCCUUCAACUUCAUGUUGAUCAUUACUGUUUACUGUAA